UUACCUCUGAUGUUGGAAAACAACUUGUUGAUCUUGUAGGUAACAGAUUGACGACGAUCUGGUUUGCGUAGCUCUCAAGAUAUAUCCGACGACUUCGUUUGUAUUCAAUGGUUUCUUCAGAAGAGAAGCACAAUGAGUGAGAAGACCCGGACCCUAGUUCCUUCGAACCUGCCGAUAUAGUUUUCGGGUUUUCAUCAUCAUCCCACGCAGUUGAGAAAACUAAGUUCGAUAAUGUUCUCUCCAUUCUCUUAUGUUCUAUCUAAGUAUUCUCAAAAAUUUCAAUGUAAGAAGAGAUUAUGGAUCAAUUCGUUAUGUAUGUAAUUGAUGUAUAUAUAUAUAUAUAUAUAUAGUUAGAGUCGGCUAUUUUAGUAUAUCUCUUAAUAUGAUUAGGAUUUGUAAAUAAUUAUAAAGAUAUUUACAUUUAUUUUAUCUUUCAUCAAGGAAAAAGGAUUUGUAAAUACGUAUAUAAUUUAACAAAAACCAAAAAACGAAACAAGUUUCAAUCUUUUUUGGUUUAGAUAAUAUGUGUGACUUUGUGGAUCACUACGCAGUUCUAGGGUUACCUCCUUAUGGAGAAGAUGGUGAUGGUGUGAAGAUCGGUAAGGAACAGAUUCGAAAAGCGUAUUUGGGUAAGGCAUUGAAAUUACAUCCUGAUAAAAACCCUGAUGAUCCUAACAACGCUCACGAGGAAUUUCGUAAGCUCAAGAAUUCUUAUGAUAUUCUCAUAGAUCCCAAAUCUAAAGAAUUGUUUGAUAAUCUUCUCAGGGCCAAGUUCGAGAGGCAAAAACAUAAGAGAAAGUCUCGUGAAGAUGAGGAAUUUUGGAACAACAUUCCGGAAGAAAAAGAAAAGGAACAAAAACCUAAGAGAAGAACUCAAGGGGAUCCCGAGUUUUGGAAGAAGGUUCUAGAAGAAGAAGAUGAAGAAGAAGAAACACAUCAACCAUCUGCCUCGGAUGAGUCUGAUCAUGAGAAGGAAACGCUUCGAAAUCUUUAUAAGAAGGUAAAGGAGAUACGUAUAGCACACGCAAAGAAACGUGAGAGUCUUGGAAGAUUUGUUAAUAAUAUACCAAAGGCUAAACCUAGACAUUUAUUUCGUAGAAAAUUUUCAAUGGAUGGGUUCGUGCCAUACGAAGCCAGAGUGUUACGUCGAGUAAAGGAGGCCGCCGAGAAUCAUAAAUGAUCUUCUUUCUCACAACCGGGAUUAGUCUGAUAAUUUGUUAGUCUUUUUGUUUUGGUUGCUUUGGUUAAUUAGAAGAAAGGGAAAAAAAAAAAAAGCGAUUUGGAUUACACACCAAACGCUUGCUCAGGAAAACGUACAGAUUUUAAACACAAAAGUAAUGUGAAACGAGGUGAUUUUAACCGUGUUUUCAACCAAAAUACCCGUUCUUUUAUUCAUGUUUUCGUGUGAAUAAUAAGACAAGAUAUCAGUUUCACCGCAUCGGCUUCCGUUACUAAGAUCAGGAUCAGUCGCUACUCGGAAGUCAGCCGACCAACGACACCAAGCAAGAGCAGAUUCAAUACCAAAAGUUGUUUGUUUCAUCAAUUUAUCUCUUCUUGAUUCUUCUUCUUUUACAUUUUUCCAGUAUCCAUCAGAACCAAAAAGGUCGGCUUCGGUCCGGGUGGCAUUCGAGAAAGAAAACCGGAAAGAAACAGAGCAGCAGCAAACUAGCAAGAGCAAACGACUACUCAAGGCGUUGCUUAGCCGACGCAAAACCAAGAAAGACGACACUCUCUACUCUACAGUUUCUUGGACGAAUACUGAUAUGCCAAUAUCGGUUCAUCUGUGGAAGCGCUUUACUAAACCGGAAAAUUGUGAAUUACAGUUUUCUUUUUAUACACUACAAAAUAUAGAG